UUCGGGAAUCCUUGGGAAUUCGUGGGAAUCCAUUGGAAUCCUCAGGAAUCUUCAGGAAUUCGUGGGAAUCCAUGGGAAUCCUCAGGAAUCCGUGGGAAUCUGUGGGAAUUCGUGGGAAUCCUCAGGAAUCUUCAGGAAUCCGUGGGAAUCCAUGGGAAUCCUCAGGAAUCCUCGGGAAUCUGUGGGAAUUCGUGGGAAUCCUCAGGAAUCUUCAGGAAUUCGUGGAAAAUUGUGGGAAUCCAUGGAAAUCCUCAGAGUUCUAGGGAAUUCGUGGAAAUUUGUGGGAAUUCCAUGGAAAUCCUCAGGAAUCCUCAGGAAUCCAUGAAAAUUUGUGGGAAUCCUCAGGAAUCUUCAGGAAUUCGUGGGAAUCCAUUGGAAUCCAUUGGAAAUCCUCGGGAAUUCAUGGGAAUCCUCAGGAAUCCAUGGAAAUUUCUGGGAAUCCAUGGGAAUUUGUGGGAAUCCAUUGGAAUCCUCAGGAAUUCUUCAGGAAUUAGUGAAAAUUUGUGGGAAUCCAUGGAAAUCCUCAGGAAUCCUUCAGGAAUUCGUGGAAAUUUGUGGGAAUCCAUGGAAAUCCUCGGGAAUCCUAGGGAAUUCAUGGAAAUUCGUGGGAAUCCAUUGGAAUCCAUGGGAAUCCUCAGGAAUUCUCAGGAAUUCAUGGAAAUCCAUGGAAAUCUACAGGAAUCCACAGAAAUCCUCAGGAAUCCACCGAAAUCCAUGGGAAUUUGUGGGAAUCCUCAGGAAUUCUCAGAAAUCUUCAGGAAUCCCCAAGAAUUCUUGGGAAUCCUCAGGAAUCCGUGGAAAUUCCUGGAAAUCCUCAGGAAUUCCCAGAAAUCUUCAGGAAUCCACGAGAAUUCUUGGGAAUCCUCAGGAAUCCACGGCAAUCCUCAGGAAUCCACAGAAAUCCACGGGGAACGUUCCAGAAUCCCCGGGAAUUCCAUGGAAAUCUCCGGAAUCCGCGGGAAUCCCGUCCCGCUCUCCCGGUGCCGUUGCCGUUCCCGGAACUCCCGGAUCGGGCGGGAACCAAAACGGGGAAUUCCCGCUUUUUUUUUUUUUGGGAAUGUCGGGGCGGCCGGAGCCGGCUCCCGGCGGUGCCGGUGCCGGGAACGCGGCGGCCGCGGUGGUGGUGGUGACAACGAUGACGAUGACAACGAUGACAACGAUGACAGUGGCCAACAAUGACAAUGACAACGAUGACGAUGGCCAACGA